AUUUUUUUUUCUUUUCCACAAAGUUGGUUCUUUUUGCAAUGGUUAACUGCCUUUCUUUCCAUCCCUUUUGAAAUUCUGUGUCUCGCAUUACCCUCUAUAUAUUUGAAGUUUCCCCCGCAAACUCUUUGUCUCUGUCUCAAAGUUUCUCUCUUUUUCUUCUUUUCUGUUGCUGCGUUCAUUUUCCUGUUGAAGUGUUUAGUGUUCUACUUGUCACUCAUUGUUCAGUGUUAAACUGUUAAAGCAUCAAAGGAAAUUUAGCUUCUUUGGUUAUUAUUAAGCCAUGGAAGAGACAUUUGUUCCAUUUCGUGGAAUAAAGAAUGAUCUUCAAGGAAGAUUCAUGUGUUACAAGCAAGAUUGGAUUGGUGGUCUCAAUGCUGGUUUCAGGAUAUUAGCCCCCACUACAUACAUAUUUUUUGCUUCAGCAAUUCCAGUCAUCUCAUUUGGAGAACAAUUGGAAAGAGAUACAGAUGGAGUGCUUACUGCAGUUCAAACGUUAGCAUCUACUGCAUUGUGUGGACUCAUACAUUCUAUUCUAGGAGGCCAGCCUCUGUUGAUUCUCGGAGUCGCGGAACCAACUGUGAUUAUGUAUACAUUCAUGUUCAAUUUCGCUAAAAGUAGACCGGAUUUGGGUUCUUCGCUCUUUCUGGCAUGGAGUGCAUGGGUAUGCUUGUGGACAGCAGUUUUCUUGUUCCUGUUGGCUAUCUUGGGAGCCUGCUCCAUCAUCAACAGGUUUACGCGCAUAGCCGGGGAACUGUUCGGCCUUCUUAUCGCAAUGCUCUUCAUGCAAGAGGCUAUUAGGGGACUCAUAAAUGAGUUUAAUGUACCUGAAAGAGCAAAUCCAGCAUCAGCUGAGUUUCAACCCUCAUGGAGAUUUGGAAAUGGCAUGUUUGCUCUGGUUCUGUCCUUUGGCCUACUGCUUACAGCAUUGAGAAGCCGAAAAGCAAGGUCUUGGCGGUAUGGUUCAGGAUGGUUAAGGAGCUUUAUAGCAGAUUAUGGUGUCCCAUUGAUGGUUCUGUUAUGGACUGCUGUUUCUUAUAUACCAGCUGGUAGUGUUCCAAAAGGAAUACCUAGGCGUCUCUCAAGUCCGAAUCCAUGGUCCCCGGGUGCAUAUGAGAACUGGACUGUCAUAAAGGAUAUGCUGGAUGUGCCAAUUAUGUAUAUCAUUGGAGCAUUUAUUCCUGCAACAAUGAUUGCUGUGCUUUAUUAUUUUGAUCAUAGUGUGGCAUCUCAGCUUGCUCAGCAGAAAGAAUUCAAUCUAAGAAAGCCACCUUCUUUCCAUUAUGAUUUACUUCUUUUGGGAUUCAUGGUUAUAUUAUGUGGUCUAAUUGGAAUUCCCCCAUCAAAUGGUGUGAUUCCACAAUCUCCAAUGCAUACCAAAAGCUUAGCUACACUAAAGCACCAGAUACUUAGAAACCAGCUUGUCACCACGGCUCGAAGUUGUAUAACAAAGAAGUCAAGCAUGGGACAACUAUAUGAAAGCAUAAAAGAAGCUUACCAGCAGAUGCAAACCCCUCUAGUUCACCAGGAGUCUUCUCGAGGGUUAAAAGAGUUGAAAGAGUCGACGAUUCAAUUGACAUCAAGCAUGGAGAGUAUGAAUGCUGCAAUUGAUGAGUCAGUAUUUGAUGUCGAAAAGGAAAUCGAAGACAUCUUGCCUAUCGAGGUCAAAGAACAAAGAGUGAGCAACUUACUCCAAUCUUUGAUGGUAGGAGGAUGUAUAGCAGCAAUGCCAUUCCUGAAAACGAUUCCAACUUCUGUACUCUGUGGUUAUUUUGCAUUCAUGGCCAUCGAGAACUUACCCGGGAACCAGUUCUGGGAACGCAUUUUGCUAAUUUUCACUGCUCCGAGCAAGAGAUACAAAGUUUUGGAGGAGAGCCACACAACUUACAUUGAAACAGUACCUUUCACAAGAAUUGCAGCAUUCACGAUCUUCCAGACUGUGUACUUGAUUGUUUGUUUUGGUAUCACAUGGAUUCCAAUUGCUGGGGUUCUGUUCCCUCUUAUGAUCAUGCUUCUUGUUCCUGUAAGACAAUACAUUCUGCCCAAGUUUUUCAAAACUGCGCACCUCCAAGAUUUAGAUGCUGCAGAAUAUGAAGAAGUACCCGCCACACCGUUCAACCAAGCCACGGAGGGAGACUUGGGCAAGACAGCUUCCUUCCCAAAUGAUGGAGAGAUUCUAGAUGGUCUAAUUACUCGAAGCCGGGGUGAGAUAAGGUGCGUUUGCAGCCCAAAGACAAGGAGCUCCACCCCACCAACACGAGAGUUGGCAAAUUUUCAGAGAAGUUCGAGCUUGCCAGAUAGAGUAUACAGCCCUCGGAUAAGAGAAUUAAGAGGAAAUCAGUAAAUCACAGCCCUCAUGGAAAAGGACCAUUUAGUCCGGCUGAAGCAAGGGACUCCGAUCUGAGUAACGUUGGUUGAAUGCUAUAGGUCUAGCUACAUAACACAUUCAAUUGCAAGGAUUGCUUGGAAAGGUUGCAAGAUCCUUGUUCCCUGUAAACAUCUCAUUCUUGGCAAAGCCAAUUGUUGUUUCAGAUUAUUUAGUUGGGAUAUUGUAAAAAUCAUUUUCUUCUCUUGUCCCUUUAAUUUUAUGGUUUUUUUUCAAUUGUAAGGCAAGAAUAAUUAGUGUCUUUUUUUUUUGUUAGUCCUUCAGUCUUGUUUUUCUAAAGAUGGUGACUCAGGCAUGGGCUGACAACCUUCGUUAUUUCACAAACCAAUUCCACUCAAGUCCCAAUAGGCCAAUACCUCGGAUGCAAGGCCUUGGUCUAGUGGUCAAUCAUGUAUGCCUUGUAGUAAGUGCACCUGGGUUCAAGACUUGUCUAGGCUAAAUAGUGGAUGGAACCCUUAAGUAUUGUGUGUGUAAUUGUGGUGUGAGUGAGUUUGUAAUGCUUAGGAUUAGAAAUUAUCUAAUUCAUUUGACCCCAAAAAAAA